GUGUUUGGGGGGGGUGCCGGGAUCUGUCCCACCCAGGCUGCAUGGCAGAUCCCUGGGAGCAGUGAUCAAGGCCCGGUGACCCCCAUUUCUCGCAACACGCCCAGCCCGGUGGACCCCGAGGCAGUGGAGGUGCUGAUGAACUUUGACCCUGACCCUGCGGACCUGGCACUAUCCAGCGUCCCGGGCCACGAGACCUUCGACCCCCGGAAGCACCGGUUUUCCGACGAGGAGCUCAAGCCGCAGCCAAUCAUGAAGAAGGCACGGAAAAUCCAAGUGCCGGAUGAGCAAAAGGACGAGAAGUACUGGAACCGGCGCUACAAGAACAACGAGGCGGCCAAGCGGUCGCGGGACGCCCGGCGCCUCAAGGAGAACCAGAUCACGGUGCGGGCCGCCUUCCUGGAGAAGGAGAACGCCGUCCUGCGGCAAGAGGUGGCCAGCAUCCGCCAGGAGCUCUCCCGCUACCGA